AUGUUGGCUGCCAUAUUUUCUCUAGCAAUACUUGUUCCACUGAGUUAUGGCAAAACUCAUCACCACACUUUUGUGGUGAAGUCAAGUUCAUACACUAGACUUUGCAGCACAAAGCAAAUUCUGACGGUGAACGGAAAGUUCCCAGGGCCAACUCUUAGAGCGAACCGAGGCGACAAAUUGAUUGUCCAAUUUCGCAACGAGGCGGAAUAUAACUUAACCCUUCACUGGCAUGGAGUGAGGCAGCCGAGGAACCCGUGGUCUGACGGGGCCGAGUAUGUGAACCAGUGCCCGAUUAGGCCAGGGAAGAGCUUCACUUACAAUAUCCAAUUGACAAGUGAAGAAGGCACCAUAUGGUGGCAUGCACAUAGUGGAUGGGCAAGGGCUACAUUACAUGGGAUCAUCAUUGUUUAUCCCAAGCAUGGGGUUGGCUAUCCUUUUCCUAAGCCUUACGCCGAGGUUCCGCUCGUUCUAGGCGAAUGGUGGAAAAUGAACGUGAUGGACAUAGAAGGAAAUGCAAUCAAGACGGGAGGGGAACCAAUGUUAUCUGAUGCUUAUACUAUCAAUGGCCAACCGGGUGAUUUCUACCCUUGCUCACGACAAGAAACAUUCAAGAUCGAAGUGAAAUACGGGGAAACAUACCUCGUCCGCCUCGUAAACGCCGUCAUGGACGAAAGCCUCUUUUUCUCCCUAUCCCACCACAAACUCACCGUGGUCGGAACCGAUGGCUUCUACACGAAACCGUUCGAAACCGGCCACAUCAUGAUCUCCCCGGGCCAAUCGAUGGACAUCUUGCUAACCGCCGACCAACCCCCAUCUUCCUACUACCUCUCCGCCGCCGCCUACUCGAGCGCCUUCGGCGCCGGCUUCGACAACACCACCACCACCGCCAUCCUCCACUACCAAAAUAAAAAUAAUUAUAAACUCAUACCACAUCGGAAAAUAAUAAAAGGCCCCCCACCCCUCCCUCCCCCCAACGCCACCGCCGUCGCCACCCAAUUCACAAGAAGGCUAAGAAGCCUCUCCCCCCAAAACGUCCCGACCCAAAUCGACACGCACCUCCUCGUCGCCGCCUCCGUCAACCUCCUCAACAGCAGUGGUGCCGGCCCCUUCGGCCGGCGGUUCGCCGCGAGCCUGAACAACGUGAGCUUCGUCCCUCCGGCUUCAGUCGACAUCCUGCAAGCUUAUUACAAGAGGAUUCACGGCGUUUACACGGCGGAUUUCCCGGAGAAGCCGCCGAAGGGGUUCGACUACACGGGGAGGGAUCUGCCGGGGGAGCUUCUGGUGCCGGAGUUCGGGACGAGGGCGGUGGUGUUAGAGUACAAUGCUAGCGUUGAGAUGGUGCUACAGGGGACGAAUGUGCUGGCGAGCGACAAUCAUCCGAUGCAUCUCCAUGGCUAUGGAUUUUACGUGGUCGGGUGGGGGUUCGGGAACUUUGAUCCGCGAGACGGGCCGUUGGGGUACAAUCUGGUUGAUCCUCCGCAGGUGACGACGGUCGGGAUCCCGAAUAACGGGUGGGUGGCUAUCCGGUUCAGAGCGGACAAUCCAGGAGUGUGGUUGAUGCAUUGCCAUUUGGAGAGGCAUCAAAUGUGGGGGAUGAGUGCAGUCAUAGUGGUGAAAGAUGGUGCAGAUUCGGACACCAAAUUGCUUCCUCCACCUCAUGAUUUGCCCUCAUGCACGGUUUGA